CUGAGUAACAGUGGAGGUGGGGCGACACAUAGACUGGCUGCUUCGAGGUCGUACUUCCGAUUAUCGCCGUGGGAGACGCGCCUUGUAGAGUCGGGAGUAGGUGGCACCCGCUAGGGUCUCCGGUGACCCCGACCGCGGUGGCGGCCCCGCGGGCGGGAUGUUCCGGGGUUUGAGCAGUUGGUUUGGCUUGGAGCAGCCGGAGGCGGGUGACCGGCAGUACCAGGGAGACGGACAGCCCAAGGGAGACGCUCCACCCGAGCAGCGCUCCGAGGCGGUGGCGGAGUCCGUGGAAGGGGAGCUACAAGAAGCCGGGGACCAGGAGCUCCUUCACCAGGCCAAAGGCCUCGGCAACUAUCUAUUUAACUUUGCAACUGCUGCUACAAAAAAGAUAACUGAAUCAGUUGCUGAAACAGCACAAACAAUAAAGAAAUCAGUAGAAGAAGGAAAGAUAGAUGACAUCAUUGAUAAGACAAUUAUAGGAGAUUUUCAGAAGGAACAGAAAAAAUUUGUUGAGGAGCAGCAUACCAAAAAAUCAGAGGCAGCAGUACCACCAUGGGUUGAUAGUAAUGAUGAAGAAACAAUUCAACAACAAAUCUUGGCCCUAUCAGCUGACAAGAGGAACUUCCUUCGUGACCCUCCAGCCGGCGUGCAGUUUAACUUUGACUUUGAUCAGAUGUACCCUGUCGCCCUGGUCAUGCUCCAAGAGGACGAGCUCCUGAGCAGGAUGAGAUUUGCCCUUGUUCCUAAACUUGUGAAGGAAGAAGUGUUUUGGAGGAACUACUUUUACCGCGUCUCCCUGAUUAAGCAGUCAGCCCAGCUCACGGCUCUGGCGGCCCAGCAGCAGGCUACCGGGAAGGAGGAGAAGGGCCACGGCAGAGAGGAUGAGUUGCCACUGACAGAGGCAGUACGGCCCAAAACGCCACCUGUUGUAAUCAAAUCUCAACUUAAAACUCAAGAGGAUGAAGAGGAGAUUUCUACCAGCCCAGGUGUUUCUGAGUUUGUCAGUGACGCCUUCGAUUCCUGUAACUUAGAUCAGGAGGACCUGAGGAAGGAAAUGGAGCAGCUGGUGCUGGACAAAAAAGAGGAGGAGACAGUCGCGCUGGAAGAGGAUUCUGCAGAUUGGGAGAAGGAACUACAACAGGAACUUCAAGAAUACGAAGUGGUGACAGAAUCAGAGAAACGAGAUGAAAACUGGGAUAAGGAGAUAGAGAAAAUGCUGCAGGAAGAAAAUUAGCUGAAAUAAAAGAAUAAUCCUUAACAUUCUGCAACUGACAUUAAAUUCUAGAUGCUGACACUCGCUGAAUCAGAAGGCACAAAAGAGUAUGACUUUAUGAAAUUCAAAAUUAUCCUUUUUUCAAGCUGAAACUUGCCUCUUCUACUUAAGAAAAAGUACAUAGGACAGUUAUUCUAAUAAUCAAAAAGGGAUGUUUUAUGUAACAUUUCUUUAAAUCUAGUUAGCGAUGUUCUUGUAGUCAGUACAGACAUCUUUGUCACAGAAACACAAGUAAAAUUUUAGAGUUCUGUUUUCCGUGAGGUCAAAAAUAAAAUAUAUUCUUCAAUUGUGGUUUUCUAAA